CUUACUUAUUACAAAAGGUCCUCUCUCUCUCUCUCUCUCUCUCGCCUGUGCACAUAUCUCUAAGAACGGAAGCCAGCACCCAUAUCAACCCCGUAAAUUAUACAGUGAUUGUGUUUAGUUUCUUUAUUCCAUUAUGGAAUAAAGAAUGAAAGACAACAAAUUUAUCUAGAGAAUAGAAUUUGAUACUCUCUGCACAAUCAUUCCUCUGCAUUCUUUCUUUGCUUUUCUUUUUCUUACUUGAACAUUCAUUCUCCUGUUAAGGUUCCUUUCUUGGGAAACAAACAUCUUCCUCAUUCUGCAUCCUUUGUCUCUUCCCAUUAUCUUAAAUAGUGUCUCUUUCUUUCUUGGAUGAAAUUCUCUGUCAAAAAUGGGUGAAGAAGAUUUCUUAACUACACUUCCUCUUGAUAGGACUGUUGAACAGGCAAUUCUAUCUAUAAAGAAGGGUUCUCAUCUUUUGAAGUGUGGAAGAAGAGGGAAGCCCAAAUUUUGCCCUUUCAGGCUCUCCUUGGAUGAAAAAUUCUUGAUUUGGUAUUCAGGGCAGAGAGAAAAGCAAUUGAGAUUAAGCUCAGUUACAAAGAUUGUUACUGGGCAGAGGACUAUAAAUUUUCAGAGGCAACUUCAACCAGACAGAGAGCUGCAGUCUUUUUCACUUAUCUAUGCGAAUGGCGAAUGCUCACUUGAUCUGAUAUGCAAGGACAAAGUACAGGCUGAUUCAUGGUUUAUUGGCUUGAGAGCUGUGAUAUUGAGGUGUCACCGUCCCAGACCGUACACUUCUUUGAGGGGCCAAAGAGGAAUACAGAGCUGUGUUAAUAGUCCAGCUAGUUAUAUCAGAAGGAAACAUAAUCUAGGGCUUGUAGAGGAUGCCACUGAAUUAUCUCAGGUACACAGCUUAUGUGGCAGUCCUUCCCUCUCACUCUCAGAAAGGUGUUUUUCUGAUGGCUUAUCAUAUUCUUCAGAAAGCAUUUAUUCAUCUGAAUCAAGCUUAUUACAUAUGCAACAUGUAGCGAACAUCUCAACUUCUAACUCUAACUGCAGUGAAACAGACAAUUUCAAGAAUUGGGGUUUGAAUUAUAAUAGCACAGAGUGCCUAAAGAAUAAGUCUCAGAGGUUUGUAGCGCCUACUCACAGGUCACCUCUACUAGAAAAAGAAGAUGUUCUGAAGGAUAUCAUGAUCUGGGGAGAAGCAGUAUAUGGAGGACAUAUUUGUGGUGCUGGUGACUGUUGUACUAGCCAAAAUAAAAAGGGGGUUCAUGCUUUGUUGCCUAAAUUGCUAGAAUCAACCAAGAUGUUAGACGUACAAAGUAUAGCUUUGGGGGGGAAACAUGCAGCCUUAGUUACAAAACAAGGGGAAGUUUUUUGUUGGGGAGAGGGGAAAGGUGGAAGGCUCGGGCACAAAGUUAAUGUGGAUAUGAGCUACCCAAAGCUUGUUGAAUCCCUGAAUGGGGUAGUUGUUCUGUCUGUGUCAUGUGGUGAAUAUCAAACAUGUGCUCAGACAAAAUCUGGUGAACUGUAUAUAUGGGGGGACAAUAAUCAUGGUGCUGAUUUGGUUAGUGAAAUGGGAAGUAGAAGCCACUGGCUUCCUCGUAAAGUUUGUGGCCCUUUAGAUGGUGUAACUAUAGCAAAGGUAGCAUGUGGGGAGUGGCAUACAGCAAUUGUCACCUUCUCUGGUCAGUUAUUUACGUAUGGAGAUGGAACUUUUGGGGUUCUUGGGCAUGGGAAUCUGCAAAAUGUUUUCCAACCAAAAGAAGUUGAAUCUCUAAGGGGUUUAAGGGUAAAAUCUGUUGCAUGUGGACCAUGGCAUACAGCUGCAAUUGUGGAGAUCAUGGCUAAUCGUUACAAAUCUGUUGCCAUUGGCGGAAAAUUGUUCACAUGGGGUGAUGGUGAUAAAGGGAGGCUUGGACAUGCUGAUGGACAGAGAAAGCUUUUACCAACGUGCAUUGCACAACUUGUGGAUUUUGAUUUUGUUCAAGUUUCCUGUGGCAGAAUGUUGACAGUUGGACUUACCAGUUCAGGGAAGGUUUAUACAAUGGGGAGUGCUGUGCAUGGACAGUUAGGGAACCCACAGGCCAAGGAUAAGUCAAUAACAGUUGUUGAAGGGAAGCUAAAAGAGGAGUUUGUUAAGGAAAUCUCAUUGGGAUCAUAUCAUAUUGCUGUCUUAACUUCACGUGGAAAUGUUUACACAUGGGGGAAGAAUGUAAAUGGACAGCUAGGAUUAGGUGAUAUUCAAGAUAGAAACUCACCAGCUUUUGUUGAGGCUUUGCGAGAUAGGCAGGUGGAGAGCGUAGUUUGUGGAACUAGUUUAACUGCUGCAAUUUGUUUACACAGAUCUAUCACUGUUAGUGAUCAAUCAGCCUGUAGUGGUUGUAAAAUGCCUUUUGGUUUCAGGAGGAAGAAGCGUAACUGCUAUAAUUGUGGUCUUCUCUUUUGCAGUGCUUGUAGUAGGAAAAAAGUUACGAAUGCAGCUUUGACACCAAAUAGAGAUAAGCCUUCUCGUGUCUGUGAUACAUGUUUCAACCAUCUGCAGAAGGCCACAUAUUCAGGAAGAUUGCUAAAAUUGGAAAAUCGUAGUCCAAGGAGUCUAUUGAAAUCACAAGGGUUCUUUUUUGAAGAAGAGGAAGAGAGGGGAGAACUGACUCCUGCAAGGGGUCAGUUACUUUCAGGUAAACAGAUUUGUGAUGCUGAAAGCAAAAUUAGGGAUCCAAAAAACUUGAAAACUAGAGGAGAAAGGCAGCAACACUUAGGAUUGCAAAGGUGGGGGCAAGUCCCAUGUCCAAUCCAAUUUGAAAUGCACUGUGCUGAUAAUUCUCUGGCACUAGCUCCUCUUUCGAAUAAUCAAGUGUCUUCUCACUUGCUACUUUCUGCUGAAUCAAAUUCUAGUAUUUCCAUUGCCUUUAAAGAAGACAAAGUCUUGUCAGAAUCAAACAAGACACUCACUGAUGAAGUUCAGAGGCUGAGAGCUGAGGCGAAGAGUCUUGAAAUGCAAUGUCAAAUUGGUGAACACAAGAUUCAAGAUUGCCAACAAAAAAUUGAGGAGACCUGGUCUUUUGCGAGGGAGGAGGCUGCAAAGUGUAAAGCAGCAAAGGAGAUUAUAAAAGCUUUGGCAAUAAGGCUUCAUACAAUGUCAGAAAAAGUCUCUGCCGGAACAGAAGCCAAAGAUGGGGUGGUUGCAAAUCUUCCACAAGUCACUACUGUACGGAAUAAUAGUCCCAAGCUUGACACUGCAUGUCAUAUGUGUACUGAUACUAAUAUGCUUCCGGAAGUUAAAUUACCAAAAGACAGGAAAGUAGAUUGUCUGUUUAACUCUCCUAUCUUGUUUUCCGACACUUUGAAAUCAGUGUAUGGGAGAGACUUCCCUGAUGACAACAAUAAAAGAUCAGUUGAAGAUUCACAUGUUGCAAAAGCAGAACCUCAACAGAAGGGACCUAAGUCAUCCAAGCCCGAAUGGGUGGAACAGUGUGAACCUGGCAUAUACAUCACAUUUACAACUUUGCAAAGUGGGCAGAAGGGGUUAAAGCGCGUAAGGUUUAGCCGAAAGCGAUUCACAGAGAAGGAAGCUGAACAAUGGUGGGAUGAGAAUCAACUUCUGGUGUACCAAAAAUAUGGUAUCGAGGAAUAUACAGAUUCAAACCAAAAUCAGAUGAAGAGCUAAUUUUUAUACUAACUGAGAGUUUAUGCUAGAUUGGUGGUCUCCUAAAAUUUUGGAAAUGAACUCAUAAUCCCAUGCUCCUAAAAUAAAAGCACUGCAGGGGCUAUUUGAGUCUCUUCCUUUUCAGCUAGUCUCCAGGUGGAUGAUGUUAUAUUUUGGAGAAAGCUUUCGGUUCAUAAGAUGAAAAUUUCUUGUAUUUAAUUAGUAUUUCAUUCUCCCUCUGCAGUUGAUGCAGAAGUUUCGGUGCAUAUUAUAUUAAUCAAUGUAAAUGAUUGGAAGGCCUGCUGAUGAAUUAAGGAACUGUACUUAAAUCUGAAAUAUCGGGGUUCUUUAUUGGUUGAUGUAAAUUAUAUAUUGUUAUCACGGGACCAGUUUCAAAA